AUGAAAAUAUCGGCCAGAGAAAAUGAUUUAUUCGAUUUAAGAGACUGGAAAAAAUUAGCACUUUUCACGAAAUGUGCGCAUUGUCGUUGCGUCGGAUGGAAGCGUUCCGAGCAUAUGAAUUUAUUAUAUUGUUCUGACAAUAAAGCGCUUAACGAAAUUUCCAUGAAAUCCACUUGUAAAACUUGUCAGCACUCUUUAGACUUCGACAGUGAUUUUGCAGAAGAACAUUUGGAUUUGGUAAAGAAGAAGAAAGAUCGAGAAGUGAGGGUUUUAAUUCAAAUGGCUUGUGAUACUUGGGAUAUGCACCAGCGCAUUCUAGGCAGUGAAAAUUAUGAAGCUAUAUUUCAUUCAUUCAAAUUUCUUAUGCGAAAACUGGGUUCUACUCCUAAGCAAAUUGCAUUAAGCCAUUUGGGUAGCCCGCCUUUCGAACCUCUUUCAAUAAUUAAAAUUGUAUGUAAUUUUCUUGUCGUCAAAAAUGAAGGUAGGAGAAGAGAAAUUGAAAACGAAAUCGAUACAGCAUCAACUUUUCUUCGUUCCAUCAAUGAAUGGAAUUUACCUGUACCGAAAUCAUCUGAAUUGUCUAUGAAAGAUCUCUUAAAUUAUCGCAUAAUUUAUGCUCGGUGGAUGCAGUUUUGUUCGCUUCCUCGAGAAUAUCGAUCUUUGCAACGAUAUCCUGUAGUAAAGAGUUUCGGUCGAAAAUUUUUGAUUUUACUACUGCGAUAUUAUAUUGCUGAUCUUCAGCAAAGAAGUUCCUUCAUUGAUGAACAGAAUGCUAUAAAUUUUGCUACAGAUUUGAACACCAUGUUAGCCACUAACGACUCGAUUUGUGAUCCAUCCGUUUCAUAUGCUUUGCCAGAAGGGAUUCGCAUUCCGUCACCUAAGCGAGGGCGUUGUUUAUGGAAUACAUUAUCUGGUCACCAUUCUGAAACAACGUCAGAAUGUUCAGAGGGUGAUGAUCGUUGCAACAAAGAUUCUGUCAAACUCAUUAUGAUGGAUGAAGAAGUUGAAGGUGAUAUUAGUGAGGAUUUGAUGAAUCGAAUUAUUGUUCGCUCCGAAAUACUGGCUAAAAAACCAAAACCUUUCACUCAUAAAAUGGAUUCAUUUGAGUUAGAUGUUGCAAGGAGUGAGGCUUCAAGGCAAGAAGAAAAAGAUGGGAUCAUUUCAUUUCACGUCAUUUCAAACAACAUGGAAGCUAACCAGAAUCCAGAAAAAAUUGCGUGGUUAUUGCAGUUACAAGGUUUAUUUAGUACACAGUUGCCUCGAAUGCCUAAGGAAUAUAUCACUCGCCUAGUUUUCGAUUAUCGUCAUAAAAGUCUUGUUCUUGUCAAACAAGGUCGCGGUGUCAUUGGUGGAAUUUGCUUUCGUCAAUUCUAUACUCAAGAUUUCAUUGAAAUCGUUUUUUGUGCUAUUACUGCAAAUGAACAGGUGAAAGGUUAUGGUACUCAUAUGAUGAAUCAUCUAAAGGACUACCACGUCGGCACAUGCCAUAUAUAUCAUUUCUUGACCUAUGCUGAUGAAUAUGCGAUUGGUUACUUCAAAAAACAAGGUUUUUCAGAAAAAAUUGCUAUUGAAAAGAAAAAGUAUCAUGGUUUCAUUAAAGAUUAUGAAGGUGCUACUCUGAUGGGUUGUCAGCUACAUCCGAGAGUAAUUUACACCAAUUUCGCUCUUAAUGCGAAGAAAUUGAACGAUUUGUUCGAAAGUGCUGUGAAAGAAUGUUUCUCAGAAUGUGGUAAAAAGCAUGCUGGUAUCGAGCAUAUUUUCGAACAGUAUCGGGGAUCGGUGGUGCCUUGUGCUGCAAUUCCGGGAAUGGAACAUCUUAGUGAUGAGGAUAGUGAACCAGAUCAAGACAUGGACCAUAAGAUUAAAACUAUAUUACAAAAAUUACGAGCAGACCAAGCGGCCUGGCCAUUUUUGAAGCCAGUUGAUUCUGAAGAAGUUCCUGAAUAUUAUGACUUUAUAAAAUAUCCUAUGGAUCUUAAAACAAUGACCGAUCGUUAUAAGCAGAAAUAUUACGUUCAUGUAAGAAUGUUGGAAAGAAUGUUUAUCGCUGAUCUUCGUCGAAUGUUAAACAACUGCUUCAGAUUCAAUGCCCCACAAACAUUGUAUUACAAAGCAGGUUGUGAUCUUGCGAAAAUAGCGAACCGUUUAACGAAGAAUGCAUUUCCUAAAUCAGAUAUAUUUCCUGAGGCACCGGAGUUUCUGCCAAUUUGA